GGCAACAUGCUCACAGCAAAAUAAUGAAAGCGCGCGUGAAAUAUAUAGUAUAAAAUGGACAAUUAUUAUACAUUAUGCUUUGUUUAAGAUUUAUGAUGUAUUUUUGUUUUUGAAACAUUAAUGUGAAAGGUUCCCGUAUUAAUCUUUUGUUGACAUGGAUAUCAGAAAGUAUCUUACUUCCGCUAGAGCAUCUGUGAAUGCAGAUUCAUCAGAAUUCAGAAAUUCGAAGAAAACAGCUGGUUUGCAGGAUGCUAAGCUAUCAAAAUCUAAAAAGAGAAGGAUUGUUGAUUCUGAUUCUGAAGAAGAUCCUAUUCCAAAAUCUGCAAAGCAAGAAUCAAAUUCUAGUAAAAGAAGUCCUCGAAAAGUUGAGCAAGCCAAAGCUAAUGAGAUUCUGAAAAAAAUAGUAUCACCUUCUGACUUUUUUGGAUCAAAUCCUGUGUCAAGAUCUGAAAAGAAAAAAAUAUUAAAAGAGGAGAAGUCAGUUAUUAAAAGAAUACAUGAAGAUGAUGACUUUGAAGAAACUCUUUCAAGGUUAAGUCCAGAAAAAUUGCCCGAAGUUGAAAAACAAGUGAAGAAAAAUGAAAGUCAUAAUAAAGAAAAAGUAUCACCAAAAAAAGUUUCCAAAUCCCACAGUCCUCUUAAAGUGGAGAAAACUUCCAACUCUGUAAAGUCUCAUAUAGAGGUUCAAAAGCAAGUGGGCAAAAGAGAAAGCCCUAAGUUAAAUAAAGAAAAAGUGCAACCAAAAAAAAGUCCUAAAUCACACACCUCUGCUAAAAUGGAAUUAAUUGCAAAUUGUGUAAAACCUCAUAUAGAGAAAGAGCCAGAUGAGAAACCACCAGUUAAAAAGCAUAAGGGUAAUGCAAGUUAUGCUAGUUAUCUGGCACGAGAAGGCCCUAGGGCACUAGGCUCAAAACCUAUACCUGAAGGUGAAGAAGACUGCUUGGCUGGUUUGACUUUUAUUAUUACUGGUAUUUUAGAAUCAAUGGAGCGAGAAGAAGCCCAAGAAUUAAUUGAAAAAUAUGGUGGAAAAGUAAUGAAAACCGUGUCUAAAAAUACCAAGUACAUUGUCAUUGGAAGGGAUGCUGGAGCAAGCAAGUUAGAAAAGGCUGAGAAAUUUGGAACCAUUCAGUUAGAUGAAGACGGGUUGCUUGAUUUAAUCAGGACUAUGCCUGGAAAAAAUGGUUCUGCAAAGUCCAAUAAGUUUAAAGAAAACAAAUCUCCCAAAGCUGCAAAAUUAAAUGAAACUUCUUCAGAAAGUAUUAAAGAUGAUAAAAUUAAUGGAAUGAAUCUUAAAGAAAGUGUUUCAUUGCAUAAGGAGCCAGUACAUAAGACUAGCCCAAAAAAGGUGGCAGAAAUGAAAUUAAAAAAGGAAGAUUCUAAUCUGAAGAAAUCAACAUUGGAUGAAUUUGAGGAAAUUCCUAAACCUGAGCAGAGUUCUGUGAAGUCAGAAAAGUCUGAUGAUCAGGGACAUUCUAUGUGGGUUGAUAAGUAUAAACCCUUAGCUCUAAAACAGGUUAUUGGACAACAAGGUGAUAAAAGUAAUGCUAAAAAACUCUUACAUUGGUUAGUGAAUUGGACAAAAAGUAGAAGACUGGGCAAAAAGCCUAUCCCUGGACGGUUUAAUGCAGGUGAUGAUGGCUCAGCAUACAAAGCUGCACUUCUGUCUGGUCCACCUGGUGUUGGAAAAACUACUACGGCACAGUUAGUUUGUAAAGAAGCUGGGUAUGAUUAUUUUGAACUUAAUGCUUCAGAUACAAGGUCUAAGAAAAUUUUACAAGUGGCUGUUUCAGAAUUAUUGGGCAAUCAAACUUUAGCUGACUGCUUUAAAGCUGACAGUAUUGGUAAAGUGACUAAGAAACAUGUUAUCAUAAUGGAUGAAGUUGAUGGCAUGGCAGGAAAUGAAGACAGAGGGGGAAUGCAGGAAUUAAUAAGUUUCAUCAAGGCCUCCAAAGUACCCAUCAUAUGCAUCUGUAAUGAUAGAAAUCACCCGAAAAUAAGAUCUUUAAGCAAUUAUUGUUUUGAUCUGCGAUUUCAGAAGCCCCGAGUUGAGCAAAUAAAGGCAGCUAUGAUGUCUAUAGCUUUUAAAGAAGGUAUUAAAGUAUCAUCUGAUGCUCUCCAAGAUGUUAUUGUUGCUGCAAACCAAGAUAUUCGUCAAGUUCUGCAUAAUAUGUCUGUAUGGAGUGCUAAAUCAAAAGGCCUUUCUGCAGAACAGACAAAAAGUGAUAUUGGUAGAGGUAUCAAGCAUAUAAAAAUAGGGACCUUUGAUGUAUUAAGGGAAGUUUUCGCUAUUGGAAAUAAUCCUAAAGCAACUCUUAUGGAUAAAUCUGAUUUAUUCUUUCAUGACUACUCCAUAGCUCCUUUAUUUGUGCAAGAAAAUUAUAUUCAUGUUGUACCAAAAGCAGCUGAAGGUGACCCCAAAAAACAUCUUACAUUAUUAAGUGAAGCUGCUGAUAGUAUCUGUAUUGGAGAUAUCAUUGAUAAGCGAAUUAGGACACAGAAUAGUUGGGGUCUUCUUCCUACUCAAGCCAUAUUUGCUAGUGUUGUUCCUGGUGAACUUUUGCGGGGUCAUUUAAGACAGAUGAUAAAUUUUCCAGCGUGGCUUGGAAAAAAUUCUAAUAGAAAUCAUAUGGACCGUGUGCUCCAAGAGCUUCAUGUGCAUAUGCGAAUGAAGAUCACUGGAAACAAAACUGAUGUUGCUCUUGAAUAUUUGCCUCUUCUGAAGCGUGCUCUCACCAGACCUUUAAUAACUGAUGAACUAGAAGGUGUAAAUGAAGUGCUAAAAAUAAUGGAAAAUUAUUACUUACUUAGGGAAGAUUUUGAUAGCAUAAUUGAUUUGUCUUUGUGGCCAAAUCAGACAGACCCUCGAACGAAAAUUAGUACAAAAGUAAAAAGUGCUUUUACAAGAGCAUAUAAUAAAGAAGGUGGGAAGAACCCAUAUGCUGUAACCAAUGUAAAGAAGAAAAAGCGUUCAGCAAGAGAUUUAGAAGGGGAAUUGGAGGAUGAUGCAUAUGAAUCAGAAGAGGAAGAAGAUGAUAGUUUGGAAAAUGAUGCCAUGAUCAAGAUCAAGAAGCCUACUAAAAAGAAUGCAACUUCUGAAGCUUCUACAUCAAAAGAAAAGAAAAAUCCAAAGAAGAAAAUCAAGUCAUAAGCAUGCAGAUCUAGUGUUAGGUGUUAAUACACUGGAGUUAAAUAUCUAUUAAAAUUUUAAAUAUUGCAUAAAUUUAUUUUUUAAAAUUAGAGUACUAAAUUUUAAAAUCUAUUAAAAUUCGAUUUAAAAUUUUAAAUUCUUUAAAAUCUAUUAAAAUUUUAAAUAUUGCAUAAAUUUAUUUUUUAAAAUCACAGUACUGAAUUUUAUUGAGAAUUCAUUCUCAAAAUUAUUGAAAUGAAUUAAGCUUUAUAUAAUGCAUGUUUCAUCUCAGUUUGAAAGUUGAAUUGUAUCAUAUUGUGUAUUUUUAAUAUUAAAACUAUAUAUAUAUUAUGUA